CAAUGGCUUUCUCACUCCACCUCUUCUCUGUCAUCUUCCUUCUUCCAUUCUUGGCAUUAGCCCAAACAAGAAACCCCCAAUUCUUCAGCAAAGUCCCACCCACCACCACCAACCAGCUUCCAAAUUUCUUCCCUGACAAUAACAAUGGCUAUGGCCUUUACAGCCAAGAGAAGCUCCCUCAAUCAGCAAUGGCUACCCCUGAACCUUCUGAUCAAACCAUACUGCCCAGUGACUUCAACCCUGUGGCUCAUCUCAUUAAGACAGAGGACUUGACCCCACCCCAAACACCCACCCGCCACCCUAUCACACAAGAAUCUAAUUAUUACAAUGGUGGUGGCGCCGCCAUCAACCGCCGGCAGGAAGGGGUUGCCGACGAACUUUACUUAAGCAAUGGCGGUGGUUUUAGGCCUGAGGGUAUGAGUGAUACGAGGUUUAUGGAAAAUGGGAUGUACUUUUAUGAUGUUAGAAAUGAUAGGUAUAGCCACGAUCAUCCGUACGAGAGGAUUGGCCAUGGAGCAAGAAAUGAGUACAACAACAACAAUUUAGAUGAAUUUAAUGGUGAUACUUAUGAAUUUGGCAGACAGAAUCAGAAACAAGACAAAUUUGAGACUGAUGAUGGCACUACAGUUCCUUAAUUUCUGUUAAGGUUAUCCAAAUUAAUAAAUAACUUUUGUUUGAA